GUGAAUCACUCGAUUGAUUUCUCAAUCGAGGGCCUGUCUAUGUCUAUGCCGCGGAAAACCUUUGAUGCAUGGCACCAGGCCUGGAAAAAACGGCCAUUUAGCCUGUCAAAUUCCAGGCCUCCAUGGCACAACCACAAAGGGAUGAUUCAGUCUCCGUUGCUAGCAUAGAAACCGACCAAGCAUCAAACACCGGUGUCGUCAGAUAGGGAUAUUAGCUUUAAUAAUACUAAAAAUUCUGCACUAAAAUAAGAAAUAAUAGGUACGAGAUUCAUACAACGUGAGACAAAAAGCUUCCUUCAUAGCCAAGAAAGACACUUUAUAAUCAACCCAUUUCUGUCACAAUUACCACGAAAGUUCCCUUCAUUUAUGACCCAACUGUUCCUCCCUUGUGCUUUUGUGCAUGGCUUGAUGUAACAGAGAAUUGUGACCCACGUCCCAGACUGAGCAAGACUAAGGAAAAGGAGCUUUUGUUCUUCACCCACCUACUGAAAUUUUGAGUUUCUUGAGUGUUCAAAUUUGUGAAAGCUCUAAUAUGGAAGAAAAAAUCAAUGCAUGGAUAGCCAACAACAGGGACACUGCAGCAGAACUUGGACUGAAAAUAAAAGACUGUCAUAAAGAAUUCGUAAAUUUUGAGGUAGGAGGGUAUAUAAUCCAACUGACAAUGCCCCCUGUCUCUAAUUUUGAAGAUACAGCACGGUCAGACAAUGUCAAUUCUGACUCUGCUUUUGUAGCUCUAUCUAUAGAAGAAGAGGACGAUGAGACCUUGAUGAAUAUCCUUGAAGCUCUCAAUGAGAAGCUUGAACGUGUGAGAAUUCCUCCAGACUGUAUCAACAAAGUCUUAGACAUCAUAGCCGAACUUUUUGGCAGGAAUUCUAAAAAGCAAAAUGAGCAGGAACAUCAGGCUUUAGAAGAAUCAUAUUUGUACAGGUUGGUUGAAAAUGCCAGAAUGCAAUGCGAGAUGGCGUUGGCUGAAGCACUUGAGUACUCAAACACAAAUGGCAUAUUACCACGGUGCUCUGUUAAAUUGAAUCCUGAAUUGGAAGCUGUUGAGCUGCAAAUGGACAUUAAGGCGAUAAUGUCUCCAGACCAUGUUAUCAAAGCCCUAGGGUUCUGCUUUGAUCAGCCCCUCAACCUUUACCUGACAUUUGACGGUGGUAAACUGUAUGAAAAGGAAGCUAUCUUUUUAGGGUCUGUUGAUGUUUUUGUGAAGCAUGGCACAGCUAAUAUUCUGCAAACUAGUGAUUCCUUGGAAAAUUUGAUGUCUGGAAUGGAUGAAGGGGUUAAACAUGCCAUUGUUAAAAGUUGUAUUGCAAGUAUGCGCCCAUAUGGACCUCAUGUUUUGGUUCCCCAAUUCGUGAAGGAAUUUAUGCAUAGCAUAAAAAUUGGGCAUGAUAACAUUUUUGUCGACCUUCUGCUUUCCCUGGGAAGUUGGUUGAGGAUGUUGAAGAAUUGGUGCGUCUUCUGUAAAAGUCCCAUUCCAUCAUUCUCUCGGUUGUGGUUUUGUGAUGUAGAAUUAUGCUUGUACAGAUUUGAAGAACUGGGAAUUGGAGCAUCAGUUCUACAGGAACUACAGAAUACAGAGGUUAUUGACUUGGAACUUAACCUUGCUGCUGCUGCAACAAGAAAUAAGACUCGGGAUGUUUUUGAGCCAUAUCCAGCUUUUCUAUUGAAAAAAAUUGAAAUUCGAAAUCGUUCAGGAUUCUUCAGUAAUUGUACCUCUGAAGGAAGGGCUGCUAUUCCAGAUAUGGAAAAUAAAAAUUUGGAGCUUUUGGGAGAGUUAAUAGAUUCUUUUCUCCCACUAUCUGAGAUGCAAAAAUGUUCUAGUGAAUCUGAACUGGUUCUGAAGCUAGGAAUGUCAUGGCUGCAAAAGAAUAAUAAAUCUACUGAUAGUCACAGAUUGAAUAUAGAUGAGUCUCUUUACCAGUUUGCUGUUUUCUAUAAUUCUGAGAGUGAGCAGAACUUUGAGCAGCGCAGGGAAACUGAAGGAUCUGUCUUUGCCUUCCAUGGAAGUCAUAUAUCCAACUGGUACUCUAUCAUAAGGAAUGGCUUAAGGUGUUUGAGUAAUACAAAGUACAUGUCUUCAGGAAAGGCUUAUGGAGAAGGAAUCUACUUCUCUACUGAGAUGAACUAUUCAUAUCAGCAUGCUAGAUCUGUUCCAACGGAGUAUUCUGUUCUGGCUCUUUGUGAGAUUUUUUCUGGGGUCAGGUAUUGUACUCAUAAUAGAUUUUUGGUGGUUCCUCCGGGAAAGGAAAAUAAAGUUGUUAUACGCUAUUUGCUUGUUUGGAAAAAUAGUGGGGUUCUACAUCAUUCUAGCUUAGUAACGGGAGGUCACAUGCUAUCAGGAAAUACCAAUUUGCAUAAACAUUAUGAGCAGUUAAGAAGGCAAUAUAUUGAGGAGUGGAGUAAUGAUUACUAAUUCUAAUGACCAGCGCCCACGAACGGAGGUUAACUAUAAAUCUUUUCAAGACAGCAAAAGUUUUUUGAUGCAAGCAAAUAGUAAAAUAAUUGCCUAUGCAAUUAUUUUUGGCAAAGCUACUUUUGGCUUAUUUACUUGUAGCUGUUUGAGGUUGCAGGGUUGAAACAUAACAUACUUAUUAUGACACUUUAAAAGGUCAAUAACUUGCCUUGCUUUGGAGAUUCUUUUUAAGUUGGUCGACUAUAAUGCUGUCAAGAGCGUUGUAUACAGUUAGGAAGAGCAUAGGUUAACUAAAUCUUUUACUAAUGACAAAUCUGUAGAAGAAAAAAGUUGUACAUAAGAUUGGAAAAAUAAUUAGUAAGAAUAAUUUGUUGCAACUGUGUUCCUUGUAAUAUGAUGCCUGGAAGUGAACGACUUUUUUUCUUA